AUGAAUUAUAUACCAAAAUUUGGAAAAAAAAAUGAUGCCAAAUAUAAAUUUAUAAAUAAUGAAGAAUUAAAACUUAUAAAUCAAAAUGAAAAGAAUAUUAUAAAUAUACCAGAAUAUUAUUAUAAAAAAAUCGAAUUACCUCAAAAGACAUUGUUAGAAGAGACUAAGCAAUUGUUAGCAGUUGAAAAAGAAUCAUUAACAAAUGUUUUAUCUAUGUUUAAAAACGUCCUUUUAUGUGAUGGAAAAGGUUGGUGUAAUGAUAAAUGGUAA